UAAUUAAAAACCAUAUAUAAAAGAGUUUCUUAGUGUUUAUGUUUUUUUUUUUUUAAAGUAAACAGUUGGACUAAACUAUCUGUAUUUUUUUUAUUUUUGUAUGUUUGUGACAAUCAUUAUGCUGGUUGGUAUCUGUCCGUUUAACGGUCUCUGUUGCUGAAUGAGGCAAAAGGAGCAGCAGGAGUUGUAGUGGAGUUUAUGUAUGUUUAAACAUUCGUGUCAUUCAUUUACAUUCAUAAUUAAUACGCUCUAUUUUUCCGUUAACAUAAAAACCGUUAAAAUACUCGUGCACACACAAACACACACUCACAGAACACACAUACAAAUACACAAAAGAAAAAUAAAAAGCAGAAAUGCACUUAUAUUUCACUUUGUGCGCGCCGGAAGUGGUAUCCUAACGGUAUUUGUGUUGUAUAAACGAAGCAAAACAAGCAAAAACAAGCUUUAGUUAUAAAAAAAAACAGAAAAAAAAACUUAAAACUCAUGUCGGUAGUGUUAAACACAGAGAAAAAUACAACAACAAAAAUCAUUCAUACACACACACAAACACAUACAAAAACAACAAAAAAAGGAUUCAUUCCAUUUAUAGUAUUGCCUGCUAAACAUGCUAAAACCAACAUGAACUAAAUUAAUAAAUUAAAGACCAGCCCACAAACUUUUUCAAAAUAAAUUAAUAAAAAGUACAUGAAAAAUAACAAAACAAGUGCCAUUAAAAGCGAAAAAAAAACACAAAAUUAUGAAUGAGACAAUUAAAAGUAAUAAAGAUUAAUUAAAAAAAACCACGCUGAAAAUAAAAAAAAAUAUUUAUGAGAGAGAAAAAAUGUUGUACAAAAAAGUGAUAAAUUAAAAAAAAAAAAUUAAAAAGGAAAUACUAAAAAAAUUGCUGAAAAUCUUUUUUAUUAAAAAAAGAUAAACACAAAAUAAUGGUGGCAGUCAGGCCUGUUUAUCAUCAGCACAAAUGUUUUAAAUUCAGCUAGAAAUAAAUUACAAAUUAUCAGUAGAAGAAUAUUUACAAAACACAGAAAAAGAAAAAAACAAAAUCACUUUAAAUAGUAGUAAUUCUUUCCCCUCCAUUGGAAAAUUUAAUGUAAAAACCAGAAAAUAUGCAGAAAUUACACUCAUCAUCAGCAACAACGACGAUGACUAGCUGUAAUCUGCUGUUGCUAAUAGUUGGUCUGGCAUUGUUAAUGUCAUUAAUGCCUUCGGUGACAUCCGUUCGCCAUAUUGAUAAUGAUGAAUACAAUUAUAAUGAUGACAGCGAGGUUGGUGGAAGUAGUAGCAGUAGUAGCAGCAGUAGUAGUAGUGGCAGUGUCACCAAAACAAUAAGUGUAAAUCAGCAGCAACAGCCACAGCAACACUUGAAACAACAGCAACAGUUGUUUGUCAGACGUCGUAGCAGCAGUGGCAGCACUACUAGUAAUAAACCGACCAAUAGAAGACAAAAUGAAUCACAGCAUUGGAAACGUUUUAAUAAACAAUAUUAUAGCAACAACAAUAAUAACAACAACAACAACAAUUAUAAUAAACAUAAUUUAUACAACAACAAACUAUCAAUGGCCCUUACAAAAUAUCAAAGUUCUGAAACUGAAUAUGCCGAUGAUGAAGAGGACACUGAUAUAAAUGAUAAUAAUUAUCAUUCAAUAGAUAAUAAUGAUUCAGAUAAUUCAGAUGAUGAUGAUGACGAGGAUGAUACUGAUAAUAACAACAACAACAAUAACAAUAAUAUGGAAGAAUCAAUGGAUUCCAGAAUGUCUACAGAUGUUAAACAACACACACAUCCUCCUUAUGAUUUCUACAACUGCUGCAAUGAGGUAUUUGGUUCAUGUAGGACCUCUUGUGAAAAUUUAUCCCUGGUACAAUUAUCACCUACCGACACAAAUGGUCGUAGCAUGCGUUUGGAAUUGAAAAAAUAUUGCCCUUCUAUGCAGUUGGAGUUCUGGAGUUGUAUGAAUAAAACUUUAGAAGCCGUUGCCAAAGGUUCUCAGUGGUCUGGUCGACGCUGUUGUGCUUUGGGUGUUUCACCGCGCUGCAGUAAUGCUUGUGCAACAUCAUCGUCCACCGGUGAAUUGAUCAAUGCAUGCCGACAAAGUGAUGAGCAACACAUGUUUGCAUGUUUCGAACGUCAGGAGGCCGGUGAUCGUUGUUGCGGCAAUGCACGCACCUCAGAAUGUUUACAGGCUUGUCGUGAUAUCUUUGAACCUCACACUGCCCAUAAAAGGAAUAAUCGCAAGCGUUUGCAUGAAAUGUGUGGAGAAAAGAAUAGUGAUGUAUUGCAAUGUGUGAAAAAUGUUACGGACAUGACACCCGUCACCAAUUCCCACAAAUAUCUGCCUUGUUGUGACUUUUCCGACAAUGAAAAUUGUCGCAACACUUGUCGUUCCGUCUUGAACACCACCGAAAGUACGGAUAUAAUUAUAGGAGAGCUAGAAGCGGGAGGUUGUGGUACUGUUUUGCCGCAUUUACCUUUAUGGCAGUGUUUUUUCACCGCCGAGCGUAAAAUCUUUGUGCCAGCUGUUAUAACCAGCAAUCAGGAAACGGAGGUUUCACAAAUCAAUCGUUUGGGCAUAGAUGGUGCCAAAUUGCACUGUUGUGAGAAGGCUUUGUCUUCGAAAUGUCGCAGGUUGUGUUCCCAAACCUAUACCACGGACUGGACAAAUACCAUGAAUAAUUUUGAGACGACCUGUUUAAUGCAACCAAAUGAAUUGGAAUUGCGCCAGUGUAUUGAUGAGGUGGACGAACCGUGUGAAUUGGGUUGUGAUGGUUUAAGUUUUUGUACAAAUUUUAAUAAUCGUCCCACGGAAUUGUUUCGCAGCUGUACUGUAGAGGCGGAUAUGGCCGCCAAGUCGGAUUUGAUGAUGUGGCAACAAAGAGGAUUUGUUAGUUUGCCGGGUGUUAAUUUGCCUAUUAAGAAUAUGACCAGAUGUUCACCGGACAAGUGGAAGGCUAUAGCCUGUGUUUUGCAAAUCAAGCCUUGCAGCAUUCAAGGUCAUUAUAAUCAUAUUUGCCGGGAGAAUUGUUAUGAAAUAUUGAGUGAGUGCAUGGAUUGGACACGCAUGAAUACUUCUUUGAAUGCAGAUGCCAUUUGUGCUAGAUUACAUCCGGAGCGUGAGGGUGUUCCCUGCAUAUCGUUGAGGCCUUAUUUAGAGGAAAGUGAUGCUCCUAAGGAAACGGGUGGCCAUCAUAAGAUUACUUCACCUUGUCGAGGUCACCCCUGCAAUGCUAGCGAGGUUUGUUUAGCAGCUCGCAAUGGUUCUUCCACCUACAAAUGUAUACCGGGUUGUGCUUUGGGAGAAACUUCUAAUUAUUUGGUGCCUUUUGGUGCUUAUGUACGCAUACCCGUUCAACUAACAGCCAAUCGGGGAGGCUUUAAGGUUUGCCGUUGUGGUUUACAGGGACGCAUAGAACAUUGCCAACCGCUGCCAAGUGUUUCAUAUGAAAGCUGUGUUUUGCCGGGUGGUAGGAAGAUUAAGCAUGGCACCUCCUUUUAUUUGGAGUGUAAUUUAUGCACCUGCUAUGCGGAGGAAAUUACCUGCACCAAGAAACAAUGCAAAAUGCCAGGUUACACCGAUGUUUCCUAUACCAGCUUGCCCUGCAAUUGUCCCACACAUUAUGUGCCGGUUUGUGGCAGCAAUGGCCGCACUUAUCCUUCCUUGUGCAUAGCCCGUUGUCUGGGUGUGCAGGACAGUGAUUUAGAGUAUGGAGCCUGUUCGGUGUGGAAUCCUUGUACCCCAGGAACUUAUCAUUGUGCGCCAGGCACCCAAUGUCUGCCUCAUAGACAAAUAUGUUUGUCCACCAUGCACCGGCCCUGUUUACAGUACAAAUGUGUUAAUCAAACGUUACCUUGUGCCAAAUCGGAACAUUCUGUAUGCGAUUCUAAAGGUGUGACUUUCAAAUCUGCCUGCGAUUUAUUGAAUACUAAAUCUACCUUCUCCUAUUGGGGCUCCUGUAAUCGUGGUUGCACCUGGAAGGGUCCGGUCUGUGGCAUAAAUGGUGUAGACUAUCCCCAUGAAUGUGCUGCAUGGGCGGAUUAUGUUUUGGUGGACUACAAGGGUAGAUGUCGGGAGGUGGGCUUGUUAACUAAUGAAAUGGAACGCAAAAGAUGUCGUCAAGUCAAAUGCUCUAAUACGCCUUCCCCCUACUGCCGUUCUAUUAUACCGCCGGGUUCCUGUUGUCCCAUUUGCGCUGGUGCCUUUCGCAUUAUCUACUCACGCAAACAAAUCGAUCGUGCUUUGUAUGCCUUAAAGGGCCAACAUAAGGAUUUGUUAACACUGCAUAGUGUGCUGAAGGAAUUGGAUUCUUUAAUACAAAUAAGCGAGUGCCAAUUAACGGGCUUCCUAACCAUGGAAGUGGGUAUAUUUGUGGCAAUUGUUCCACGCACCAAUACGCCCACACGUAUGCAAAUUGAGGCCUGCACAAGAGAGGCUGAAAAGAUUUCCAAUUUAAUAGGAGCCCAAGGCCAUAAAGUAACCACAAAUCUUAUAUUAUCGGGUCUCACGGUGUCCAAUAUGCUGGAGGCCAAUGUGGAAAGUAACACAAAUCGAAUAUUUUCAUUAAAAAUUUUAUAUCAGACGUUAUUGCUGAACAUUAUAAUUAGUUUAAUAUUUAGGAAAUUUUGGAUUUUAUAGUUUUCGAAAACAGUUUAAGUGAAAAAUUUAGAUAGUUUAUAACAACAACAAAAUAAGUCAUCAUCGACAUUAUGUGGUCUCCAUUUAAGACCAGGAUGAAUUGAAGAGACAAAUUUUUAAUUAAACAAAUUAAAAAAAAGGUAAAACAAUUAAAAGGGGAGCUUAAGACAAGCUCAGGAAGUGAAAUCAAAAAAAAAUUAAAGCAUACCUUGAGUUUAAGGUUUUAAACAAACAAAAACUAAAGUCUACUUUAAGGCUUUCAUUUUAAACCAUCUCUAUAACCUCUUUCCUUCAUUACCACUUUCUGAGUUUGUUUUUAACACUCUUUAAUUGCUUUUUUACCAUCAACUGUAAAUUUCUUUUGUGUUUUAACAUAAAACCACAAUAUUUUUGUAAUGAUCAAGUGAAUUCUUGGUGCCAAUAAAUUAGUUUUUAUACAUAAACAAAAAAUUGAGAUUAUCUUUUUAAGUUUGUAACCUUAAGUUUUCCUUUUUUUCUAAUGCUCAAAACAAAUGUGCCUUUAAUUAAUUGAGAAGAACAAGAAGACAAAAAAAAAACAAAAACAAAAUAUU